CGCUGCAACUUCUGCCAACUAACGUUUUGAUCAUUUGUCCUCAGAAAUGGAGACACAGAGGAGAGGAAGCGACUUGAAGAUAGAAAUAAAUGUCACGCGUGGAAAUAACCCGCAAGGAAAAAAGGAAGACGGUUUCCAGACUUUUCUGAAGGUUGAAGUUGAUGGCAAUGUGCUCGGGCAAUCAGACCAGAAGCAAUUCAUCCCUGCGGAGGAGUGCGUUCACUUCGAUUUCACCUGUAGUUUCCAUUGCCCAAAUGAUGCUCAGGCUCUCAGUGGCAUGGCCCAUAAACCGAUCAUUCUGACGGUGACGGAGAUUCUGCCUGAAGACAAGAAAGUUAAAGUGAGGACAUCUGUGCUGGGUCAAGCUGUGGUUGACCUGCUGCCACUGUUACAAGGUCAGUGCAGCUUCUUGAGCAAAGUCCCAUUGAAUCCAGUGAACAACUGCACGGCCAAGCUAACAAGCCUGGAUGUAUGUGUCAGCGUGUCGGAGCCAGUGUUGUCUGAAGCUCAAAUCACAGCCUCCAACCUGCUCAGAGUAACGGUGGAGACAGCUUACUCUGUCCCUGAAGCAUGGCUGCAACAAACUGGCCCCGCCCCGAGUGUAUACACUGCUGCACUGGAGGUCCCGCUUACUGCAGAGCGAAAUCAGGCGCUGGUGUUCUCUGAAGGGUCUUUGAAGGAAGGGGGGCUACCGGAGGAGCAGGGAAGACAGAAGAAGAGGCCCCACCAGGCCCUGUUGGCCCCUAGCAACCACUUCCUGCAUGGUGUCUAUUUCCAGAAGGAGCCCAUAGAAUCAGAGGACGGCGAGCUGACUGGUAUAGAGGAUGCAGAGUUUCGUAAUGAGGCAGAGACCAUGAAGACCAGGGUUAGCUGGGACACAGAGAUGUGCUGCUUCCUGGAUGCAGGAGGGACAACCAGGCUGCGGCAGAAGGUCAUUGAAAGCAGACUAUGGCCUCUGGAGAUCAUGAGGUCAUCAGCUCCACUGGGAAAGGUUGCAGAAACCAAACUGCCAGAUGAGGAGAACCUAGAGAUCCCCUUCCAUGGUGUGGCGUUCGUAGACAUGGGGAGGCUGCUGGGUCCUGGAGUCAGGCGCAUCAGAGGAGCGUACAGCAUUCAGCCAUUCUCCGAAGCCGAGUUACGAAACAAGGCCAGACAGAAAGUCAGUGUGUUAAAGGAGCAGGCCAAGGCUGCAGCCAAUCUGGUCAGAUCUCGUGCCAGCUCAUCUGCAGGUUCUUACAAGGCCAGGGCGGGAAAGAACAAGCCACCUACUAGUCAGAGCAAGAUGGAGGGAGUCACCAGCGUGUCCCAUAGCCCAACCGAAGCUGAGCCAUACAUCAAUAUGGAGGGAAAUAUGUAUUUGGAGGCCAGAACUUAUAUUAUCAUUGAGGUAGCCUUGGACAAGCCACUGGUACCAAAAAUCUCACCAGAGGAGCUGGCCAGGAGGGUUAAAUCAUUGAUCCCUCCCAGACCUCUGCUUCCAGUGGGCCCUAGCAGAGCAGAAAGAGCAGUGCUGGGAUUCCACAGGCAGGUAGGCAACGUCGUGAGCCAUGUUUCAGACCAGUACAACGAAUUGUUCGGAGCCACCCAACCAUCGGAUGCCUGUAGCCGGGAGAAAAUGAUGGUUCAGCUCAUGGGAUCACUCAAUGUCUCUGGCAGAUAUUUUGCCUUCAAGGAACAGAUGAAGCCUGCAGUGGUGCGGAUUGUACGUGACAGGAUGCAGCGGACAGAGGCGUUCACUGACCCUCAGGAGCUCAGGGCCUUUGUCAGCAAGCUCUAUGUCUACCUGGUGGAUGAGAUGAAACAUGCUCUAAACAAGAUUUAUUCAGACGACGUUGAUGAUGACUCCCAGGAUGAGAUCCAGUUGAGUUCUUCACAGCUAAGACAUUUUGCCAGAGAGGCUCAGCUUACUGGGGAUUAUCAGCAUGCUGCUCACUACUUCCAAGAGUUAGUGGUGAGGCACCCAUAUGAAGCGUCAUACAAGUUUGAUUGGGGAAGGCUCUUCAUGCAGAAAGGAGACUACAUGAAAGCUAAAGAGUGUUUCCAUGAGGCCGUGUCUGUUCAGCAGGAACACCAACCCAGCCUGAUGAUGUGUGGGGUUCUGGCAGCAAUGUUUGAGAAUUUUGACGAGGCUAAGACCUUCCUGGAGCGAGCCACCAGCAUAGACCCGCCUAGUGUGGUGGCCUGGACCCUGCUGGGUUUGAUCCAUGAGAGCCAGAACGAAUCCAUCCUAGCUGAUUGGGCUUUUCUGGAGGCCAGAAAGCUGCUGAGGCUGAAUGAAGCAAAGAAACAAACACAGAGGGAGGGGGAGGACAAAGACAAAGAGGACAAGAAAGAGAAACAAAAGGACAAGCCAGAGGAAGUAAAGAUGGAAAAGUCUCCUGAUGCUGAGCAAGACCCAGAGUGUGGAAACCAGGACUCAAACAGGCUAGGACAGCCUUCAGCACAGGGCGUCAUGCCCAGACCAACUCGAACUAAACCCUCCUCCACCAUUUACACAGAGACAGUUCAGUUCUUGCUGCACAACUUUGCCCUACAGAUGGUGGAGCGUGCUCUGUCUCAGGAGCUGCUGUGUUUAGAUGGAGGUCACAGUUUCUCCUAUCUUCUUCAUCUGGCCCAGUGGCAGCUGCUGAGAGCAGACUACUGCAGUGCCAUAGCCAGCCUGAGGGAGGCACUGUUUUACAGAGAACAGGAAGCAGAUGCCUGGGCUUUGAAUGGUCACUGUCACUACCUGCGUGGGGCCUAUACUAAUGCCCAGGAGAGCUACGAGCGGAGCCUGAACUUCCUGCAGCAGCCGUCAGAUUCUCAUAUUGUCCUACUCCGUCUGGGAGCCAUCUGCCUUCAACAGGGGAAGUUGGAGCAAGCCAAAGUUGUCUUCCUGCAGGCUUGUGAGCAGUCACCAUCCUGCCUGACCUGGCUGGGCCUGGGUACAGCCUGUUACCGGCUGGAGGAGCUGCAUGUCGCUGAGGACGCUCUGACUGAGGCGAACCGCUUGAACAACCAGAACUCAGAGGUUUGGGCUUACCUGUCUCUGAUCUGUCUGAAGGCUGGCAAACAAGAGGAGGCAGAGCAGUGUCGCAAAUAUGCUGCAAGGUUCAACCUGCAGAACGAGUUGCUCCUGAAGGAGUUCAGUGACCUGAAGGAUCAGCUCCGCUUCGGUCAUCUGGAGUCAUGCUUUUCAGCAAGCUCUGAAGCAGGGGUUUAAAUCAUAAGACAAGUAUGUUUCCUACAUACAAACAAGAACAGUCUUAAUGACCGAUGUUUAAGGACUUUUUGUGGUCAUUGAUGUACUGUAAUGUAUAAAUAUGUGCAAUUGUUGUGACAAUGAACCACGGCCAGCUCAGAGAAGUAGCUGGCCAAGCCAUAACAAAGUGAAUCCUCUUUCAAUAUUAACAUUACAAACAAACUCAAAGCAACACUUCAAAUGUAUAUAAAACAACAGAAACAUAUUCCUUUAUUAAA